UGACACGGGUAUCGUACCCGUCAACCCGCUCCCCGAUUCAGGGGGGUCCGCCAAGAUAGUGCCUCUGCGAAGACAACCAGCUGCUCGUGGCCGAUGGCCGAGUGCGACCUGAGCAUGACUUCAUCUCUCCCACUCCCUCCAACUCUUCCUGCAUCAACAGUCAAGUGAUGCCCCUUUGCGCGCCGUAGCGAAAUAUCACCACGCGGCUCGACAGUCAAAGACAGCAAUGCGCGCCGGCUUCAAUACAUCAUGGCCGUAGGUGAAACCAUCACGCCAAAGACGUCAUAUACGCACACCCCCAUCCCCAACAAGUCCAAAUCAAGCACCGUGGCGCUGGACUACAACCCCAAGUUCACCCUCGACCAUGGCGAGCUCGAGCGCCUCUCCCAUCGACUUCUCGCGGAGCAACCGCCCCGUACCCAAGAGCAGUACAUCUGCUACCUGAUCUCGGGUGUCGAUGAACUCUCCAACAUCGCGCGCCACGUCGAGCGCGCCGUCUUUGAGGAGCGCUUUGGCCUUAACGACGCCAAGAUGCAAAAAAUGUACGGUGGGCACGACUAUGCGAGCAUUUUCUUCGUCGUUAUGGACCAGGUCAACAAAACGCCGGCGGGCGUCAUACGAAAUAUCAAGUGGUCGCUUGCGGGACUGACGACGCUCAAUGAUGCAGAGGAGAUGCUGCAUGUUUCGCUGGAGGAUUUCAAGAAAUAUCACGGCGUGGAGGAUAUGAACACCGUGUGGGAUAUUGCCUCAGUGGUCGUGCUGAAAAAGUAUCGACAGGUGGAGAAGAAUCUCAUUAGCAAUAUGCUGUUUCGCGCGAUGCACGUCAGAGCGACGUAUGAGGGCGUGCAGCAUUACAUUGGUGUGGUGGACGCGGGUAUUCGCCGCAUGAUCAUGUUGGUUGGAUUUAUGGGCGAGCCGCUGGUGGGAACUAGUGUAGUCAGCCACGAGGGUUCCGAGGACAGCUUGUUCAUGUAUGGGCAUAGGCCGAGCAUUUCGAGGAUCAUUACCAAGAGGGUCGAGACGGUGGAUCCGCGCUUCAAGCCCAUUGUAGAAUUGUUUGCGAGCCGGUGUGUUGCUGGAGAGGGCAUAGAUCAUCGCUUGAUGUUUGAGUUUUCCAAAGACAUCUUCGAUAUCAAGGAAGGGCUGCCAAAGACACGAGCAAAGUUGUAAAUUAUCGAACAUUCCCUAUAUGUUCCACAUGGGUAACAUGUGCUUAACCCACAUUGAAUUUCCGUCAGUGCUUCGACUCAAUAGCAAGUUUGAAAUGGACAUGAGGACAAGUCUUGUAUGAUAUGAUUGGAGCUACAAUAGGGCGUGAUUCUACUUCACAGGUACGAUUUAUCACACUGGGAAAUGGAGAGUCCUUUUACGCCGACUUUGACAAUAAGCAACGGUGGUCCACACUACUCUAUCUGACACUCUAUGUCAGAGGUGGUACCUGCGCAGCCACCACUACUUAUUUCCAGACCAACAACACUAGCC